AACUUGCCAAAUUCCUAAAAGAAUAAUGAGAUCAGUAGUUCAGGAACUAGGGAUUCACUUAGUUCUCCUUAACAGAUUAGAGCAACAAGGUAACGCACCUUAUUUUGGGUGCAUUGUGGGACGGGUGGCGAACAGAAUCAAGGAGGGCAAGUUUACUCUUAAUGGGGUUGAAUACUCCUUGCCUAUUAACUAUCCCCCAAGCAGCCUUCAUGGUGGGAACAAGGGUUUUGACAAGAAGAUAUGGGAGGUAGUAGAAAAUACGAAAGGCCAGCACCCUUCCAUUACUUUCAAAUAUCACAGUUGUGAUGGUGAGGAAGGUUACCCUGGAGAUCUUUCUGUAACUGCAACUUAUACACUUGUUUCAAGCACAACUAUGAGACUUGACAUGUACGCAGUGCCUAAGAACAAGCCCACGCCAGUUAGCUUAGCUCAGCACACCUACUGGAACUUAGCUGGCCACAACUCAGGAAGCAUACUAGACCAUUCAAUUCAGAUUUGGGGAUCACACAUCACUACUCUGGAUCAGAACAGUGUCCCAACUGGUGAAAUCAAGCCAGUUAAAGGCACUCCCUUUGACUUCACAACAGAGAAGAAGAUAGGUGCAUCUAUACUUGAGGUUCCUGGCUUAGGAUACGAUCAUAACUAUGUCCUUGACUGUGGCGAAGAAAAGUCAGGGUUGAAACAUGCUGCAAAGCUGAAGGACCCAUCAAGCUCAAGAGUCCUUAACUUGUGGACUGAUGCCCCUGGAAUGCAGCUGUACACCGGUAACCUUGUUAAUGGGGUUGUUGGGAAAGGAGGCGCUGUUUAUGAAAAGCAUGCAGGAGUAUGCUUGGAGACACAAGGCUUUCCAAAUGCCAUAAACCAAUCAAAUUUCCCAUCCGUCAUCGUUCAGCCUGGUAAGAAGUACAGUCAAACCAUGUUGUUCGAGUUUUCAGUUGAGUAAUGUAUAUUCAUCUUUUGGGGGUAUAUGGGGCAAUAAGGUAUGCUUUAUUUUUUCUUGCUUCUUCCAUGGAUGUUGAGUUUGUGGUACUUUCUAGUAAUAAUGUUGUGAGAAUUACGUGCAGAAGCUCUUUUCUAAUAAAGGAAAAUGUUUAUGAAUUAUAACACUUGCCUCCAUGGAUGAGCCUGAGUAGGGGUCGAAGAUCUACAUUAUCCUUAUCCUGUUCUCCCGAUACCCUUCAGUAAUUUUUUACCAUUAGUUGGACCAUAAACUUUCAAGUGAAAAUAUACAUCAUAUAGCAAA